AUGACUUCCACCAUGGAUUAUGAGAAUGAGAACGGCACUCGUUACGAAGAUGAGGCUCCUCGUUACGAGCGUGAUCGCAGCGCAUCUCCUCGCCCAACACGUCGCAAUGAGAGCCCACGUGGAGGACCUCGCCGAUCUGCUUCUCCUGACAGAAAUGGCCGUGUCGAUGAGCGCAGCGGACCCAAGAAUGAUCGUGGACCUGGUCCUCAAAAUGAUGAUGGCGCAGUCAACCCAGGCUCCAACCUCUUCGUCACUGGUAUUCACCCUCGUCUUCUCGAAGAAGAGGUUUCCCGCCUUUUUGAGAAAUACGGUGAUGUUGAGAAAUGCCAAAUCAUGCGUGACCCUCACACUCGUGAAUCUCGUGGCUUUGGUUUCGUCAAGAUGAUUACCUCUGAUCAAGCUGAUGCUGCCAAGGAGGGCUUGCAAGGUGAGGUCAUUGAAGGCCGAACUUUGAGCAUUGAGAAGGCUCGUCGUGCUCGUCCUCGUACCCCAACCCCUGGCAAGUACUUUGGACCACCAAAGAGAGAGGAUCCUCGUGGACCUCCCCGUGGUGGUGGAUACGGCGGAGAUCGUUAUGAUGAACGUCGUCGUGGAGGUGGUGGUGGUGGUGAAUACCGCUCUGAUCCUUACCGCUAUGUAGGAGGCAGUGGUGGCAGUGGUGGUGGCAGAGAUUUCCGAGACCGAGGAUACAGCCGCCGUGAUCGUGACGACUACAACGACGCUCCCCGUGGAAUCGAUCGUUACGCCGGACCCCGCGAUGGUGGUGAUCGUUACAGCCGUGGAGGUGAUGAACGCCGUGGAGGUGGAUAUCAAGACCGUGACCGAUACGACCGAGGUGGUCGUGAGGGUGGUCGUGAGGGUGGUCGCGAUGAAAGACCAGCUCGAGACCCAGCUCCUGCUGCUGCCUAUGGUGAUCAAGCUCCUCGUGGAGACGCUCGAGAGCCAUAUGGAGGUAGAGCCUACGAUGAUGACAGACAUUCCCGUCGUGAAUAUUAA